AUGUCUGUGGCACAAAAGAUAGUAGAGACUUUGAAAGUAAGGGAUGAAGUAAGAUCUACGGAAAUUGAUGCACCAUAUUCGGAGACACACGGUGCAUUGAUAAGCCUUGAGAGCAAGGGAAUAUGUAAUGUGAGAAAGGAAGAGUCAUAUGAGGAAAUUCUAACUCCCGAGGGAGAGGAGAUUGAAAAAAACGGUAGCCAGGAGUAUCUGUUGUUUAAGUCCAUAGGAAAGGAUGGGAUGAGCAUUGAUGAGCUGGGAAAGUAUGAGCUGGGAAAGAUGAAUGCAUUUAAGAACAAAUGGAUAAAAAAGAGGGGUGACAAAGUUUUCAGAAACAUAGAGGAAGUCGAAGACAUGAUCCGAAAUAUGGUUAUCAGUAUGAAAAGAGGAGAUGCAACUGAAGAGGAGAUAGAGAUACUGAGAAAAAGAAAACUAGUGAUUAGGAAGAAAAAUGUCGUAUUUGUCGCAACCAAGGGGCCUAUGUUCUUUGACAGUGCCUCCUAUGCUACUGAGCUGACAUCUGAAAUGAUUCUUGAUGGGACUUACAAAGGUCUGACCUUCAAGCACUACAACUUCAACACAAAAGGGAAUACUCCCCAAGGUGGAUCGAUACACCCUCUUAUGAAAAUAAGAGAGGAUUUUAAAAGGAUAUUCAUUGAGCUAGGUUUCAGCGAGAUGUCGACGAACCAGUAUGUAGAAUCGUCUUUUUGGAACUUCGAUGCAUUGUUUCAACCUCAAAACCAUCCAUCUAGAGAUGCGCACGAUACAUUCUUUCUUUUGAAUCCAGAGCUUAGCUCAGACUUCCCGAAAGAUUAUCUUAACAAAGUUAGCGAAACCCAUUGCGGGGGAAAGUAUGGGUCUUUAGGAUACAUGAACAGCUGGGAUGUUAGGGAGGCACAGAAAAACAUACUAAGGACGCACACGACGUCUGUAAGCACCCGAAAUCUAUACAAACUUGCAAGCGAGGGGUUUAGGCCGGUGAAGCUCUUCUCGAUUGAUAAGGUUUUCAGAAAUGAGAGUAUUGAUGCAACUCAUCUGGCUGAAUUCCAUCAAGUGGAAGGAUUGAUAGCUGGAAAGGGUCUAAACAUAACGCACCUCAUGGGAAUCCUUCAAGAGUUUUUCAAUAGGUUAGGGAUGCGUGAUAUCAGAUUUAAGCCAGCAUAUAAUCCAUAUACAGAGCCCUCGAUGGAAGUGUUUGGGUACCACAAGGGAAUGAAUCGGUGGAUGGAAGUUGGAAAUUCAGGGGUAUUCCGACCAGAAAUGCUGGGUCCUAUGGGAUUUGAUUCUGAUGUAAGUGUUAUUGCUUGGGGGUUAUCUUUGGAAAGGCCUGCCAUGAUAAAGUAUGGCUUGAAAAACAUUCGGGAACUUGUUGGGCACAAGGUUGACAUUGAAUUUUCGAGAAAAAGUGAAAUAUGUUUCUUUGAUUAA